CCGGCAGAUACAUGUUCAAUACUUCAGUCCGGAAACACAGAACAUUCACAUUGCUGAGAUCUUAAAUUAUAUCUAGCUGAGUUCUUGUAUAUAAGCACACACACAAAAUGUCAGACGCACCACCGCUAGGGCCACCCCCUAUGCGUGGACCACCACCGAUGGGUCCACGAUCUGCUCUCUUAGGCCCAUUACUUGCACCAGACGCAACCCCGGGAGCAUUAGUGUUUGGGCGACCAAGACCAACCCAAGGUUUGAUGCCGAAUAUGGGACCGCGUCAAGAUACAUUCGCAGAGGCGGAUGUCCUGAGCGAAUGCAUUUUUUUCUAG